AAAUAGAAAAUAGAAAUUUAGCCAGCAAAAGUGAGUUUACAUGUAUAAAUUCCAUCCCUUUGAGUGUUGUUUUCUUUCACUUAAAGCCCAAUUCACCUCUUGUCGGUCCUUAAUUGUAGGUCGAAUCCGUGCUUGUUUUUUUCUUCAGUAUACAUAUAUUUUGUAUUAGUAACAACGCAGGCGGCAAGGUCAUCAAAAAGCAACAAUCUUUUCUCCAUCAGCCGUUUCAUUUCGAAUUCUGAGAUUAAUAUAGUUUUAAGAUCUGGUGUUUUGUUAUUAGUUUCUUGGUAUAUGGACUAUGAACUUAUAGAAAGCAACGUGUCUGCCUGGGCCAAACAAAAGAUGCACUAUUAGAAUCUCGGAUAUAAAUCUUGGUGAGGUACUGAUGAUGAUCUGCCUCGAUCACAAUAUAAUCGAGUCCCUGCAGGAAGCAUUAUAGGUGGAAACGGUAGGUCUAUAAGUUCAGCCCCAUACCAAAGGAUGUAUGUUGAUAUGGAAGUCCAAAUUCACAACCUUGAGCAGGAUGCAUAUGGUGCAAUCCUUCGAGCUUUCAAAGCACAGUCUGAUGCUCUUACAUGGGAAAAGGAAAGCUUGAUAACAGAACUCAGGAAAGAGCUGAGAGUGUCAGAUGAUGAGCACAGAGACCUACUAACCAAGGUCAAUGCAGAUAACCUCAUUCAUAGGAUCAGGGAGUGGAGAAAGACCGUGGGAAACCAACCUGUUCAUGAUCAACUCCCCAGUCCAACAGUUUCUGGAUCAAGAAAGAGGCCAAAAAUGUCACAAUCUGUGAUAAUGCCACUUGGUGCCCCGUCGGAGUCAUUGCACCAUCAGACAAUUGCAGCAAGCACGCAACCUACAACUCCAGGUGCAAAAUGGGGAGCAGCACCAGGAAAUGGAGGAUUUAGGUCGAGACCUGGCCAGCAAGUGUUCUCCUCUUCAAAGCCCAUUCAUUAUCAGCAGGCUGGUCCUGGUUCUUCUAGUGCUCUUCGUUCUGGUGAACUUGCUGAAAGACCACGCGACCCCUUGAUUGGGAGAAGAGUGAUGACUAGGUGGCCAGAUGACAACAACUUCUAUGAGGCCAUUAUAACUGACUACAGUGCUGUCGAUGGUCGGCAUGCUUUGGUGUAUGAUAUCAAUACACCAAAUGAAACUUGGGAAUGGGUUGAUCUCAAAGAGAUUCGCUCCAUGGAUAUUCGAUGGAUAGGUGAUGAUCCUGGAAUAUCUCGAGUAGGUGGAGGUGGUGGGCCAGGCUAUGGAGGAGUUAAUACUCUAAGUGCUGGAAGAGGGAGGAGAUUUGCUAGGCAACAAUUUGAGAAUGAUGUCAGUGCAUCAGAGAAUAGAAUCGUACAGAAGACAUCAGAUGCAAUUGAGAUACUGCACACAGAAACACUGAUAAAGAAGGUUGAGAAGGUUAUUGAUGCAAGUCACCCUGAUCUGGCCGAGCUUGCAAAGGCAAAAAAAAUGCUCAAGGAACAUGAACAAGCAUUAAUUGAUGUGAUUGCCAAACUUACCGAUGUUUGUGACAGUGGAAGUGGUGGGGAACCGCCAUUCUUCUGUAAAAACGAUCUGCUGGGGAGCAAUCAUGAUGGUGUAAAUAUGGAGCCUGAGAUGAGGACAAGAGGUGAAGGCGCAAUGGAAAAUCACCCAGAUGAGGAUGUCAUCGUUAUUUAGUUUCUUCCUUUUUUCAUAAUCAUUUGUAGGCAAUACAUUUUGUCUAUUUCGGAUUCUGGAGCUGAGCUGCUAAACGUCGUAUUUCAGCUCAAUGGAUUAUAGCGCCAAGUUAGCUGUUGCUUGUGUGAAUUGUGCAAGACAAAUGUAGAGAUGUCUUUAUAUGUUAAGUUACUACUCUUUGGUUGUGCUGCUACAACCCAUGAACAAAGCUGCUUCAGUUUGUUUUCCUUUCCCAAAUACAUUUUUAUUUUGUUGUGA